AUGGCGGGCAGCGCUCCUAGCUCCGGGCCGGGACAGGCCUUGGCGCCGGGCGGCUCCGGCGAUACCUCCCUCCUCGGCAGCGCCACGACGUGGCCCUUGCAGCGCUACGGCCGCUUCCUACCCCCGACGGAUGGAGACAGUGAAGGGCAAAACACCUCCUCCUGGAAGGUUUUUGAGUCAAAUGAAGAAUCAGGCCAUCUUAUUCUUACCAUUGUUGUAUCUGGCCAUUUCUUUAUUUCCCAAGGACGAACAGUACUGGAAGGCUUUUCAUUAAUUGAUUCCCACAAGUGGUUAAAGAUAGUAAGAAGAGCAGACUGCCUCCUGCUUCGUGCGCAGUCAAAGAAUGAAUGCCGCAUGUUCCGCGUGCAGUUUGGUGGGGACUCCAAAGCCCAGAUGCUGGAUCACUGCUGCCGCUGCGCGCAGAAACUCGCCGAGUACCUCCCGGUUGAAGUAACAGAUGAACAAAGCCAGAAGCUCUACCCCAGUCUCCUUCAGCCACCCAACAGCCAAACUCAGCCAGAUGAGCCUCUACCAGAUUCCUGCACAAGCCUUGGAGAGAGAAGAUCUGUAACACAGCUAGCACAGUCUGUGCUGAGGAAUAAGCCCGAGCUCCUCCUGGUGUCGCGGCACCCGGCCUGGCCGGCGCAGGAGCUGGGGCCCUUCAUCCGCCUCUGCCUCCUGGACCAGGAUUUCCCAGCUUUUGUGGAAGAUGUGGAGAAGGAACUGAAAAAACUCACCCAAGCUACAGGAAGUAAAAAAUGGCGCAUGCGUGAAACCGACUUCACUACUUCUAAUCUUUAA